UUUGACUACAUAGUACAUGGUACAUGGUAUUAGUAACGCAUAGUUCCCAGGGUGUCCAAAAUCUGAAGAAACCAGGGAAAGAGUCAACUGCGUGUGAGUGACUGCAAAGAGCAAUUAGCGUAACAAAGUGAAGAUGGCGCUAUGGAUGGAAAAGGGUUCAGAGCCUUUAACUGAAAGCGAGAAAGCAGACCUUGAAGCCAUUGCUGCACUCAAAGAGGCUUCUGCCCUUGAACUUAAGGAAAAGGGUAACCAAUAUUUGAAGAUGGGUAAGAAGCAUUACUCAGAUGCCAUUGAUUGCUACACAAGGGCAAUCAAUCAAAAAGCCUUGAGUGACUCUGACACCUCUAUUAUCUUUGCCAAUAGAGCCCAUGUCAAUUUGCUGCUUGGAAAUCUUAGACGUGCUCUCACUGAUGCUCAGGAGGCCCUCAACUUGUGCCCCUCAAAUAUAAAGGCAAUUUAUAGAGCUGCCAAAGCUUCCCUUUCACUAAAUUUGUUGGCUGAAGCACGAGACUAUUGUAAAAGGGGUCUUAAGUUGAACCCCAAUAACGAGGAGUUGAAGAAGCUUGAUCACCAGAUUGAUCUGAAGAUAUCAGAGAAUGAAAAGCAUAAGGCUGAAGUCUCCAAGACUCUUGCAGAGACUAAGGAACUUGUGUCUGCAAUAGAAUAUAGAGGCUUGAAAAUUGGAAAGGCAAUGUAUCGAGAGCUUACUGGAUCAAAGAAACCUAUGUUAGACAAAAAUAAUAUCCUUCAUUGGCCUGUUCUUCUUUUGUACGCGGAGGUUAUGUCCAGUGACUUCAUUGAGGAUUUCUGUGAGACUGACAUGUUUUCGGUUCACCUUGAUAUGAUAUUUGCAGAAGACCAGCCGCUGUCAUGGGAUGUUGAAAACAACUACAGACGAGAAUUUAUUGAAUUGUACUAUGAGGCUGGUUCUGGACUUUGUCUAUCUAAGGAAAAACUUCUUCAUUGUCUAUUGGAGGGAACUGCAGCUUCUCAUGGGGAAAGUGUUGGUGAUGAAGAGAAAGAUGCAGUUGAGGAGUUUAAGCAACACACAGGUUCCCCUAAAUGGAUCAAAGUGAAUGAAAGGAGAACACUCCAUGAUGUUCUCAAAAUGCCUAAUUUCAUCAUUCCUGGGAUCCCAGUCUUCUAUGUUGUUUCGAACCGUUCUAGCUUUUAUGCCAAAUUCAAAGCUGGAAAGUGGGCUCCUCCAAGUAUAUGAAGGAAGCAAGCAGGGUUUAAAGGAUGUUUUGCAAUAGCUAGAUUCAAGAGUUAAUAUCUGAGUCUUGAAGUCUUGAAGAUUGGUCAUGUUGUCAUGAGCUGAUUGCAUCCAAUUCUUCCAACCUUUUGAACUUCUUUUAAAUCAGAGUUACUAAUUACAAUUGUUUGGUAAGUGAAUAUUUCAGGCUGUCCUAGUGCCCCAAUGAUAGUGCUAGAAUAUUAGGAACCUACUUUGAAUGAGUAAAUUCUUUUCUCUUGUAACUUAGUCAGUAAAGAUGUAUAAUUUAAUAUAUAGCUUGUUUUUUGGUACAUGUAUAAUUUUAUACCCUUUGUUAUGGACUU